CAGUAUGGUUCGAGCGAAAGACGACUUGAAUAAGGGCAGCUGUUGGCAUCACCAACCCAGCGCGCCCCAUUGAGUCCCACUGCUGCAAUACCGGGCGGUGCACAUAUGGCUUCAUAGUCACAUAGUCAUGUGAUGGAAAUACAGGAUCAUUUUACUGACAAACGCGAGAAGGAUGCGGCUGCGUCAAAGAGGCAUGACAAGGAUGAGUUAGUCAGUCCUGAUGCAUACAACCUAGCCUACUCAUCCCUGCGGAGAUGGGUCGAGGCCUCGCUGGACUUGUACAAGCCAGGACUCAUAUCGAUAUUGUCUCCAUUAUUCGUGCACAGCUGCUUGAGCCUUGUUAGCAGAGGGUUCAAGGAUCAAGACAAGGUGUUCAUGGAGGCCUUUCGAUCUGUCCACUUGGAGAUGCAUUCGCAGGACAUUACUCGAGUGGCGGCUAUCACAGAUAUGCAAUACGCUCAGGGAAACGAGCUGGCUGCUGUCUCCUUCCCUACGGUUUCGCAGAGCCAUUCCCCUGCGUUCGAUAGGCGGAAUAAGAAGAAUGCAGCGAUCACACCGACGGAACCGGAGGACCAUCUGGCGGCAUUCCCCCAAGCGAACAUCGACCUACAAGAUGCAGUUCACGGAGCAGAACUUGUGUUUGGCUGUCGGUGCCUUCUCUAGCAAUUAGAGGCUCAUCACUCUGGGAAGCAUCCGUAACAAUAAUAAAAGAUAAAGCAGAGACUGUGUUCCUGUUAAUGAACCUGUUUCUUCAAGCUGCGGUGAAUCGACUAUGAUCAUCCUGGCAUGAAUUACGGCAUGCAAAUCAUAUUUCAUCAUGAAGCAGACGACCAGAGAGAUUGGUAGUUGCACAGCAAUGUUGUAGGCGGUCCGUGCGUUAGUUCACACUUGUUGCGGACGCGAUUGAUUGGCUGGUGACCAUGCCUGUGGGAACAGCUAUACCAAGGACUCCAGGUUGCAUAGCGGGGCCUUCACAUGC